CCCACACCGACUUUGAAAUGUGCCACACCAGUUUUUAAAUCGCUCGCCGUUUCAGUGUUGUGUUCGGAAAUAAGACGUUUCGUCGGUUGAGUUCAGUGAGUUAAUUUUUUUUUUGUGGGAAAUCCAUGCAUCUGCCGAGCAACCAGCACGCGCCAAAUAUGACGGAAGUUUACGGAUCCUUGCAAGACACCCUUCAGGAGUAUCACGGUGAACUUAUACAGACCGGAAGUCCGGCGAUAUUAUGCAGUGCGCUACCUAAUCAUUGGAGAUCGAAUAAAAGUUUGCCGAUAGCGUUUAAAGUGGUCGCCUUGGACGAGGUUCAAGACGGUACUGUGGUGACCUUAAGGGCAGGAAAUGACGAAAACUUUUGUGCGGAACUUAGGAACUGUACAGCAGUGAUGAAAAACCAAGUUGCGAAAUUCAACGAUCUCAGAUUCGUCGGUAGAAGUGGCAGAGGAAAGUCUUUCACUUUGAUUAUCACCAUUUCUACAGCGCCUUACCAAAUUGCCACCUACACCAAAGCCAUCAAAGUCACCGUAGAUGGUCCUCGAGAACCCAGGACAAAAUCAAACUACCAAUACGGUUAUGGAUUGCCAGGAACAUUCAGCCCAUUCUUCCUCAAUCCUGGUUGGCUGGACGCUGCCUAUAUGACAUAUGCCUGGCCCGAUUACUUCAGGAGAUCAAAUAUGCAACAACCAAACGUCCACCCUUCGUUAGUUAAAGGUUCCCCUCUUCCAUCUUCUUUACCACCGACCGGCGAGGUUUUCCUACCACACGUAGGAGCCCCACCUCCAAGUCUUCACCAUAGCCAUCUUCUGCCUUCACACAGCCUACCUGGAUUCCAGGACAUCUCCAAGAUCAACCUGGAACCUCUUCAGUUUAGAUCUGUGCCACCGUCACCGAUGGAACAGCUAUCCCUGAGGCUGUCGCCAAUGUCUAGCACCCUGAGCGUCAGUCCACAGCCCUCGAAUGUACAACAGGAGACCAGAAUCCACUCGACAGUCGAUCAAUCAACCUCCGAACCUUCGGACGAUGAAGACAUCGAUGUCGUCAAAUCUGCCUUUGUGCCGAUCAAACCCGCCAAUGUAAUGCUGCAAGAAAUCCAGCAUCCCGAUUCCACGGUUCAAGACAAGGAAUUGCCCAGAAACGAACUAAAGGCGCCUAGUUCCAGGACCGUUAGACAAUUGAUUGAAGCGAAGUCUCCAACGAGUACCAAGUUACAGAGUUCUCCGACGAUAAAGAAUGUUUGGCGGCCCUAUUAGUUUCAAAGUUUGCGAGGACAUGAGAGUGAUUUCAAUUUUGGAUUGCGGAGAAUUUUGUUGCAAUAUUAUCGAUGGGUGUACAUAAUUUUGUAGAUAUAUAAAUAACAAUGUAAAUAUGUGAAUAAUAGUUCGACUGUAAAUUGUCUGUAAAUAUUGCGUUAGGUCUUUGAAGAGAUUUUAAUAAAUUAUAUGACGCUGCAAUUGUGAUAGCAGAAUAGUCUUUAGAUAUUUUUGUACAAAUUAUUGAACUAUUUCUGUGAAUAUUUCUGAUGAUAUUUAGUGAAAUAAAUUGUGAUCUAUUAAUUA